AUGACUAAAGGCAAGCACAAAGAGCACGAAACGAGCGAUGUAGACAUGAAAGUCGACGCUGAAUCGUCUGCAAGAUCAGAGAGAGGAAGCCCGAAGGGUUCGAAGCGUCUUCGGCAGCGCAUGAACAGGAAGAUCAGUUUCAAGGGCGUACCCGAAGAAGUGAGCGUCAAGCUCAAGAAGAAGGCAUGUUUUCCUAUUCUUUUACCAAGGGAAGAACUGAUGUAUAGAGAGACGGGUUCACCUGGAACACCAUUAGACGAGAUAGAUUUGAGCGAAUCGAGUUUUUUUCAACACUCCGAUGGUGCCGCACCUCGGACUUGGGCGUCAUGGGUGUUCGGUCGAAAGUUAGGAGAUAUCGCAGAAUUAUGGGCGUCCGUUCCAAAUCCAUACGACGUACGAGAACUGGUAUCAAACCUUACAGUAAUUGAGAAUGCCAGAAAAGCGUUGGAAAGUCGCGACUUCACAGUCGGAGACGAACUCGCAGCGGUCUAUGAUCUGCGUAAAGAACACCCGGUCAUUUUGAUACCUGGAAUUGUAUCGACCGGCUUGGAAAGUUGGAGCACGGAAUCCGUCGCUAGGGGUUUCUUCAGGAAGAGACUAUGGGUUAGUUUGUCUCUAAUCUUUGCUGUGGUAUCGAAUAAGGAGCGAUGGUUACAAGCUUUAAGCAUAGAUCCCGAGACAGGCUUAGAUCCACCCGGAUAUAAAGUCCGCGCGGCUCAAGGAUUGGAUGCAGCUUCCGAGUUUAUACAGGGAUAUUGGAUCUGGCAGAAGAUAGUUGAAAACCUUGCUACCUUGGGAUAUGACACGAAUUCUAUGGACAUGGCGGCUUAUGACUGGCGAUUGGCUUAUUAUAAUCUUGAGAUAAGAGAUUCCUUCUUCAGUAGACUGAAGUCGAAGAUUGAACUUUACAAGCGACAUAGUGGGAAGAAAGUGGUUUUGUGUUCUCACUCAAUGGGUGGCACGGUCGUCCUCGUAGGUUGCCUCAAAUGGGUGGAAGCACAACCUGAUAAACACGGGUUUGGUGGUGGAGCCGGACCAAAGUGGGUCGAGGAGCAUAUAGAAGCCUGGGCCAACGUCGCUGGAACUCUCUUGGGUGUCUCAAAAGCAAUGACUGCUUUUCUCUCAGGUGAGAUGAGGGAUACUGUUGAACUUCAUCCUGCAGGAUCUUGGGUGUUGGAAAAGUUCUUCUCGAGGAAAGAGCGCGCAAAGUUGUUUCGUCGUUGGCCGGGGUCUAGCUCGAUGUGGGUCAAGGGUGGCAAUCGCAUCUGGGGCACGAAUGAGUCGGCUCCUGAUGACCCCGAAAAUGCCACAGAUACCCAUGGGAGAUUCCUUUCUUUCCGCCAUCCAGAGGUCCCGCCCGACGAACAUCACCUUGACCGAGGUACCGUCUGGCCGAACUUGACGAUCGAGGAAGCUUCGGCAUAUGUGUUGAUGCACACGCCAGCGACGUUUCAACGGAUGAUGGAGAGUAAUUAUUCUUACGGUUUUGAGACUAAUGAAGCCCGACUGAAAGCCAACGAUGAGGAUCAUAGAAAGUGGUCUAAUCCCCUUGAGGUUCGACUUCCAGAUGCACCGUCGAUGAAGAUUUACUGUCUUUACGGACACGGCAAGCAAACUGAGCGGUCAUACUGGUACAUGCAGGGAGACUACGAAUAUGACGACACACGAUCGGAUGCGGAAAAUUCUGACGCCAUGUGCGAUGCAUCAGACCCUUCCAACUCGUGCGACAACGCCUCCACCACAGGCUCCACCGUCAAUUUCCCCAUGGCGAGGAAGAAUUGGAUUGAUGCUGCGGUGAAUGUGAAAGGCUCUAGACCGGAGGUGCGAAGUGGAGUGAAAUUCGGAGAUGGGGACGGUACCAUAUCGGUCUUGUCCCUGGGUUCCAUGUGUGUUAAAGGGUGGAAAGGGAAGACAAAGUGGAACCCAUCUGGGAUUGAAGUGAUUACCCAAGAAUAUCGCCAUUCACCGCAGACACUCGACCUUCGGGGUGGUGCUUUGACCGCGGAUCAUGUGGAUAUACUAGGAUCUUCACCGUUAAAUCGAGCUGUACUGCAGAUUGCGGCCGGUCGCGGUGAUCUGGUCCGGGAGAGGAUAGAAUCGGAUAUCAUGGCGUAUGUCGCUAAGAUGGAUUGGGAGUGA